GCGCGCCGCGGGCAGCAAAAGAGGUAGACGAGGCCGCGAAGGCCCCCGCGGACGCCGGCCGGCGGUUGACGUGUCGGUGGGGAGCGGCGGCGGCAGCCGGGAGCAUCAUGUCGAAGGUCACCUUCAAAGUGACGCUCACCUCGGACCCGCGGCUGCCCUACAAAGUGUUAAGUGUGCCUGAAAGUACGCCUUUCACAGCUGUCUUGAAGUUUGCUGCAGAAGAAUUCAAAGUUCCUGCAGCAACAAGUGCCAUUAUAACAAAUGAUGGUAUAGGAAUAAACCCUGCACAGACAGCAGGAAAUGUAUUUCUAAAGCAUGGUUCAGAUCUACGGAUUAUUCCCAGAGAUCGAGUUGGGAGUUCUUAACAUCUCCUGAAAGAUUUGGAAUAAGUGACAUUGCCAUGCAGAAAAGGUCGAUUUAUUUUGGAACUCCAAAGUGCAACUAAUGAAUUAGCCUUUUUUAAAGCUAGCAAAAAUGACUUCCCAGGAUUUGAUUUUUUUUUUUGAAACAGAGAUAAGGUUUCAUUUUCUUGUUAAAAUGUAUUUACUCAUGCACUGAUUCUUCACUGACCAGUAGAAGAAUGGGCUGAUUGCAUGUUAUGUUCCUGAAAGAAAGAUGGACUUCUCUAUAGGUGUUACUGACACCACAAGGAUAAACACAUAGCCACGAUCAAUAGAUAUUUAAAUUACUGGAUAUUGUUGGGCCUGCUUGUGCAAGGGGACACUGUGUUAUGAUUUUGCUGCAAAGAAAUUGUUCCUACUGAGUGCUAAACCUUUCUCUUUUUUUUCCUUUUUUUUUUUCUAAACUUAUUUCCAUGUUUAGAGGAACAGUUUUCACGUGGUUAAAGUAUUAAGCUCAAAUAGAGGGGAAAUUUCAGGGGUUUGUUACUCAGAUAAGUAAAUAACUGCCAAAUGUUCUAAAGUACAUGUAGAAUUUAAUUGCUGCAAAUAUUUUAGAUAAAGGAGAAAACAGAGGUUUCUGUGCGUUAAAACUUCAUUUGACGUAUUGUGAAGUUAAAUUAAAUGCAAUUUCAGAGAAUUUAUGAGACCUAAUCUCCUCACACGGAAUGCCAUCAGCUGAGAACGAUUGCAGCGUAAUUCGGGAAUGUGUAGGUACUGGUCAAAUAGGUCAUUCCUUUUUCAGUAAACUAAUACUGGUUCUUUCUGAAAGUCUUGUUUUGUUACUGCGUGUUACGUGGGGAAAAGCGUAGAAUUCACUGAAAUGUUUGUGUUCAGAUUAUAUGCUUCUUGCUUAUAAAUUGCCAGGGGUAAACUAUCCGUUGUGUAUUUUAAUUAGACAAAUUGCUGCUUUUCUUGAACUGGUAAUCUAAAUCUUUGUGAUUUAAUAUAUUUGGCAAAAGCUUACCCUAUUGCAUUUUUUUUUUUCUGUCCUACUGAGUUUAACAGAAAGAACAAUGGGCGAUGUAGUGCUUGGUUAAAUGAGUGUUGUCACAAACGCAACUGUCCUGUGCAAUAAUCGUGCUCUAGAAAGAUGUUCAGAUAAUGUGUCAGAUAGUGCAGAAGUACAAAAUGCCCUUCUGAGUGAGUGUAAAUUGAGCGUAUAGAGGAAAACUCUGAAAGCGAUAUUUGACUAUAAACGUUUUUCAACUCUGAAAUAAAUUGUAAAAUUCUGGAUUUUCCUUUAUUUUAAUAAACAAUUAUAUGAACAAACAA